UUACCUUGGAGAGGUCAUUCAAGUGGAAACUGCAAGCAAGCAAGUCUUUACGCACAACUAUACGAAAGGGUCCCCGAUUUGUGAACUGUCUCAUUGGGUAAAGAAAGAUCAACCGAGUGAUUCAAGGUUCCUGAUUGUGCGGUUUUCGAAAAGUUUCAUAGUCCGCUUCUUCAGGGGAUUUGCGACAUUAUACAAGCGAAGAAAAAGUAGAAGAUUGGCAUGGAGGUAGAUGGCGUGAUGGUGAAAUGUGUAUGGGAAUUCUUUGAUGAUUUUACGUCUUGUCUGGAUUCACUACACUGCAAGGAAACGUCACAACAGAUAUGGACUGGAAACUUACCAGGGAAGCUAGACGGUCCACCAUGGGAGGCGGAGGAAGCAAGCGCAAGCCGCACAUGCUCCUUAAGGAGACUCUGUGCGACCACAGCCAAGGAAUCACUUGCAUGGCCGUGUCUGAGGAUGGCUCCCUUAUCGCCACGGGGUCCGACGACAAGACGGUUCGCAUGUGGGCUGCUGGGGACUCCGAGACGGAGUGUCUGGGCAUCCUGAAGGGCCACACGCAAUACGUCACCUGCGUCAAUAUGUACGAUGCCUACGUCAUCACCGGGUCUGCUGACAACACCAUCAGGAAAUGGGACGCUACCAGCUGCGAUUGCCUGGCUGUCUACGAAGGACACGAGGCUCGUGUCAUUCGGGUGCUGUGCAACGGCGACUUCAUCUUCAGCGCGGCGAACGACACCACAGCUAAGGCCUGGGUCUUCGACAACCCCGAAUUUAACGAUGACAUCACCGACACCGUUUCCUUCUACAAGUCUUUCGAUGGCCACAGUCUGGGCAUCAGCUCCCUCAUCUUCAUCCCGGGAGACGAGGACGCGAGGACAAUAGAGGAUGACGACGUCGUCAUCAACGUCGACGAUAUCCUUAUCACAGGAAGCGCAGACCACACGGCUCGGACCUGGUCCGUGGCCACAGGGAAGACGAUUCACAUCUUCAGAGGUCACAAGGGCCCCGUAUCUUGUAUGUCGGCCAACGCAGAGGGCACAAUACUCUACACUGGAUCUAUGGAUAGCACCAUUCGGAUCUGGAACAUCCAAGAAGGGCAUAUUUUAAAGAUACUAAAGGGCCACAACGGUGCUGUGCUGACCCUCAGCGUCGUAAACAAGUUGCUGUACAGCGGCAGCACAGACGACACAGCAAAAUGCUGGGUGGAGAAUCUGGACGUUCCAGGGAUCAGUUACAAGGGCCAUUUGCAUACAGUUUCCUGCGUCAAGUACCAUGCAGGUUAUGUAUUCACAGGCAGCGGGGACGCCUGUGCGAGGGUAUACGACGCGAAGAGCGGUGCUUUGAAAGCCGUGUACAGAGCUCACUCCAGCGCCAUCACCUGCAUGAACCUCAUAGGGGACAACCUCUACACCGGCUCAUCGGACAAUACCCUCAGGGUCUGGGAUGCCAGCAAAGCAACGCUCGAGUCCGAGGAACUCCUCGACCUGAUGGAGGACGAAGAGGAGCUCGAAGGCUCCGCCCCCGUCCCAGCCAAGGCCUUCGACGAGCACAAACUCAAGGCCUACAAUGGAGAGGACGUCGACGUGGCGAGCGCCCAGCUGAAACCACCUUCGUCGCCGCACCUGCGAGUCCCGUCUCCCACGCCCUCCGGGAGGUCACGCCUCUCGCCCUCGCCCUCGCCCUUGCACUCGGCCAAGGGAAGGGUGUCGCCCUCGCCCUCCCAGCUGUCAGCGAGGGGGCUACUCGACGACUCCAAGGGCCGCAGAAGUAUCGCCGAUUUGGACUUCUAAGUGUCGUCUCGUGACAGACAGACUCGAUUCUUCUUCGCACUGACUUCUUGAGGAUCGAGUCAUCAAACGCUGGAUUUUAAAAGGCUUCAGUGUUCGUCUGUUUUUCUAAAUCUGUUUUCUCUCUCCUCCUACUUCCCAGCUCUGGAAUUCUUGUCUUACUCCUGAUUCUCAGAUAUUUUCUUCUCCAGCCAGGCAGUCCAAAACGUCUUCUUCGUAAUGGAUGCUCGCCCAUUCUAACACGAAUUUAAUUAUUAUACAGGGUGGCCCAAAAGUAGGUUUACAGUUAUUCAACCAUCUACUUCGCAUUCAUAUAUUAACGCUUUAGAAAUAUACAUACAUACAUACAUAUGUUGCAACGUUAAAGGAGGACGUUUUGAGCAUCUGAGAGAUUAAACAUUGUCUGUUCAAGAUGUGCAUAAACAGUAUGAAUGUAAGAUAGAAAUUUGAAUGUAAUAAACCGUUUUAAAAGUAAUUAAAAGUGAUCACGUGAUAACUGUAAACAUAUUUUUUUGGCUACCCUAUAUAUUAUUCUAUAUUUUUUUCUGGGUCAAUUCUAACUUGAAUUAAUUUUUAUGUUUUAUCAUAUAUUUUUUUCCUGAGCCAAUCUAGCAAAAGGGUAUAUAUAUAGAUAGAGUUCUCAGUCCUAUUACCCUCUGCAUAGAAAAAUAAAACAUUGUUCUUAA